AUGUUUGGACUAGGUGAAGACACCAAGCUUAUAGAAGAGGUACCAGGUACCAUCAACUUGGUUGAUAUGCAAGGUGUGCUUGAAGUCAAGGGUACCAAUGGUAAAAUCAUUUUGCACCCUCAACCAAGCUCCGACUUAAAUGACCCACUUCGCUGGCUGCCUAUCAAAAAGGAGUAUCAAGUAUGUUUAUUAUCCUUUUGGGGCUUUAUGCAAUCGGUAUCAACCGUCUGGAGUGGACCGAUAUGGUCGCUAUGGGUUGAAGAAUUUGGUAUCACAUACAGCCAGCUCAACACUCUGAGUGGUUUAUGUUUUAUUUUUAUUGCAGUGGGAUGCGUGGUUCUCCAGCCAUGUGCCUUGAAACUUGGAAAGCGUUUCGUAUAUUUGAUGUGCACUUUAUUGCAAAUAGUGGGAAACGUUGUCUACGCAAAUACCGCGGGAGUAAGCCAGUUGUACGCGGCGGCGUCGAUAGUUGGAUUUGCGUCCGCUCCGAUGUUUUCGUUGAUCGAAAUUUCAUGCACAGACAUUUUUUUUCAACACCAACGGGCGUUCAAGAUUUCCUAUGUCGUCUUUUCUCUUUAUGGUGGAGUUGCUCUUGGCCCAUUGGCAACUGGGUACGUGACCGAUGGCGUUGGGUGGAAAUGGUGUCCAUACAUCAUGAUCAUUAUCUUCAGCAUAAUGUUUAUUGUCCAGCUCUUUACGUUGGAAGAUUCAACAUACAGAAGAUUGGAGACACCAGAAGAUCUUCAAAGUAACAUUUUGGAGCAAAUUAGAAGUCACAUGAGCCAAAAGAUUGAAGCUUUAAAGGUUGGCUCUCCAAAGAUCGAUAAGUCCGAGGUGAUAAUCAAUGUCGAUGAUGAUGAUUCCCUUGACUCUACAAUACCGAAACUUUCGUACUGGCGCCGCAUGAGAAUCUUCUCGACUGAGCAUGCAGAUCCACGAAAGCUACGAUGGAUUGUGUUCAAGCCUUUCUUGUUGUGCUCUUUUCCGAUUGUUGUGUGGUGUGGAGUUUUACAAGCAGUUCAACAGAUGUGGCUUGCGUUGCUUCUGAGUACACAAUCAGAGUUUUACUCAAGUAAACCUUACAAUUUUUCCACCUCCAAGGUAGGCUUAACAAAUUUGUCCACUUUAGUCGGAAUUAUUUUGGGAAUUUUCUAUGGUGGUUGGUGUGUUGAUAAGAUGACCAUAUACCUAGCAAGGAAGAACAAGGGUAUCAUGGAGCCUGAGUUUCGCUUAUGGAGUAUGCUUGUGCCAGUUGCUGUGAAUCUUGCUGGUUUACUCGCUUAUGGUUUGGGAAUUCUGAACCAGCUCAGUUGGGCUCUACCAGUUAUAUUUGGACAAGGAUGUCUCGGGUUCUCAAUGGCAUCUAUCACGGGUAUUGCGUACACGUAUUGCACAGAUAGUUACCCCAAUCUCGUCAACGAAGGAAUCGUGUUCAUAUCAUUUGUCAACAAUGGUUUGGCGACAAUCUUUACCUUUUUCAUCAGCAAUUGGAUGGAACGAGACGGUUUAGUUUUAAUGGCCUGGAUGAUGUUUUUGAUCGCUCUUGGAGUUACUGGGAGCUUUCUAAUCUUCAUUUUGUUGGGCAAAACGUUUAGAAGAAAAGGCAAGAACCUUUAUUAUAAGAUAAGUGAGUUGGGUGAGACCCACUAA